AUGAAGAAGGAUCAUAUAGCUCUCACCGUCAUCUAUCAAGGCAUCCCAAAGGAGACGCUGCGGGUAGUAUCUGAGAAGGAAACUUCCAAGGAGGCAUGGGAGUGCAUCAAGAUGAUGUACCAAGGUGCUAAACGUGUCAACGAUGCUCGUGUUCAAACCCUUAGAGAAGAGCUAGAUGGCUUGUGGAUGAAGAGCACGGAGUCGGUCGACAACUUCGCAAUGAAGGUGAAUUCCAUCGUCAGCAUGAUUCGUGGGCUUGGUGACAAGAUGGAGGACUCAUAUGGGGUAAGGAAGAUCCUCAAAGCCACACUGAACAAGUUCUUGCAGAUUGUCGCUUCAAUCGAGCAAUUCGGUGACCUCGAGACCAUGACAGUCGAGGAGGUCUUCGGCAGGCUCCGGGCGUACAAAGAAAGGUUGCGUGGCAAUGAUGACGACAUCAACAUCAAUGCUGAGCAUGUGUUGCUCACCAAAUCCCAAUGGAGAGCCAAGGAGCAGAAGGAUGGUGGUGAAGGCUCCUCCAACAAUGGCGGACAAGGCAACAAGAAUCAGAAAUUCGACAAUGCUAAAGUAAGGUGCUACAAGUGCAAAGAUUAUGGGCACUACCAGUGGGAAUGCGAGGAGUUGAAGAAAUAG